AUGGAGAGCGCGCGGCGCGCGGUGGAGCGCGCCCGGGCCGCCUUCGCCACGGGCCGCAGCCGCCCGCUGGAGUUCCGGCUGCAGCAGCUGCGGGCGCUCGAGCGGCUGGUGCGCGAGCGGGAGCGCGAGAUCCUGGGCGCCAUCGCGGCGGAUCUGCGCAAGAGCGGGCCCAACGCCUACGGACACGAGCUGCUGGGCGUGCUGGGCGAGCUGGCGCUGGCCACGGCGCAGCUGCCCGCGUGGGCCGCCCCGCGCCGCGCCAAGAGGAACCUGCUCACGCUGCGCGACGAGGCCUUCGUGCGGCCCGAGCCGCUGGGGCUGGUGCUCGUCAUCGGCGCCUGGAACUACCCCUUCGUGCUGGUCAUGCAGCCGCUCAUCGGCGCCAUCGCCGCAGGCAACGCCGUGGUGGUGAAGCCCUCCGAGGUGAGCGAGCACACGGCGCGCCUCCUGGCCGACCUGCUGCCCAAGUACCUCGACCCGGAGCUGUACCCGGUGGUCACUGGAGGGGUAACUGAGACGACGGAGCUGCUGACACACAGAUUUGACCACAUCCUCUACACGGGCAGCACUGCCGUGGGCAAAAUCGUGAUGGCCGCGGCCGCCAAGCACCUGACGCCCGUCACCCUGGAGCUGGGCGGCAAGAGCCCCUGCUACAUCGACAGGGACUGCGACCUGGCCAUCGCCUGCAGGCGCAUCACGUGGGGCAAGUACAUGAACUGCGGGCAGACCUGCAUCGCCCCCGACUACAUCCUCUGCGACCCGGCCAUCCAGGCCCAGGUGGUGGAGAACAUCAAGGCGACGCUGCGGGAGUUCUACGGGGACGAUGUGAAGUCGUCUCCGGAUUACGAGAGGAUCGUCAACAAGCGCCACUUCCACAGGGUGCUGGCCCUGCUGGAGGGGCAGAAGGUCGCUCACGGGGGAGAGACUGAUGAGGCCUCCUGCUUCAUAGCGCCAACGAUCCUCACAGAUGUGUCCCCGGAUGCCAAGGUGAUGCAGGAGGAAAUCUUUGGGCCCGUCCUUCCCAUAGUGCCGGUAAAGAGCGCGGACGAGGCCAUUGAGCUCAUCAACAGCCGGGAGAAGCCGCUCGCCCUCUACGUCUUCUCCAACAACAAGAAGUUAAUCGACAGAUUCAUCUCAGAGACAACCAGUGGAGGAGUUACUGCUAAUGAUGUCAUCAUGCACUUUUUCCUCUCAAGCUUGCCUUUUGGGGGUGUUGGUCACAGCGGGAUGGGCGCCUACCAUGGGCAGCACAGCUUCGACACCUUCUCGCACCACCGCUCCUGCCUGAUCAAGGACCUGAAGAUGGAGGGGGCCAACAAGCUGCGCUACCCGCCGGCCAGCCAGAAGAAGGUGGCCUGGGCCAAGUUCUUCCUGCUGAAGCGCUUUCAGUGGGGUCGAGUGGGGCUGGUGGCCCUGGCGCUGCUGGGGCUCGUGGCCGCUGUGUUGAUCAAGAACCACCAGUCUGUGCUGAAGAGAAAAGCCCUGUGGGCUUUGCUGGCCGUUCAGAGGCUGGGCUGGCUCAGUGGGAGUUAAGGAGGAGCAGGUUUCAGAGCGGUGCUGUGGCUCUUGCAGCGAGGCCGCCCUCCACUGAGGAGAGCAGAAGGUGCCACCAUCGGCUGCCAUCGUCACCGUCCCCUGAGCGCUCGCUUGGUGGAAAUGACUUUUUUCCUUGGUAACGGAGCUGCUGGGAGCACAGAACAGCCUUAGAACGACCCUCGUGGGGACUCGUGUUCGCUAAAAAGCCGUGCUGAGAUGAAGGGACCACUUGGUAGAAGGAACAAAAAGGAGGACUGCGGAGCAAGACCUGCCCGUGCCGCCUGCGCCAGCCGUGCCGCACAGAGCGCYGCCCCGCGGCGGCUGCCCUCGUGACGGACGGUCCCCUCCUCGGCUGUGCUUUGGGCAGCAGUGCCRUCCCUGCCCCGGUGGGAUGUCUGUUUUGGGCUGUGCUCAUCUGAGCCGCAGCAACACRGAGGUUCCCAAUUACCUUGUAGUCAAGGUGAAGUAUCCGUGGAUCCCUUAAAGCAAGGAUUGUGCACAAGGAGUGUGCACGGCUGCAGAGGGGAUCCUCUCUGGGGUGUGAAUUUCAUGACAUGCUCUGAAAAAUUGGGUGGCUUUUUACAAAAUGGCCAAGAAAGCAUUUGCACCGUAUCUGCCUUGCAAAUCAGAGUAUCCUGGCUGGCACAAAGCAGCUCGCAGGCCUGCUGAGGGAAGUGGGAAAGACAACCCGUGGUAGCUCUUGAUUCCUCCAAGGAAAAGCAAUUCCAGAAGCAGAGGGCAUUCCUUUGUGUGUGAGCCCCUGGCUUUCCUCUAAUCAUGCACUGGAAAUAACAUGGGAGCUGCUUUAGCUUGGGGAGUGGGUGCUGGGGAAAUUGAAGGUCUCAUCUUAAAACAAGGAAAAAUGAAGAAUCUGGGAUAAAUGCAAUUCUCUGCAAUAUGAAG